AGUUGUAUUGAGUUUAAGAUAUACAUUAAGAGAAAAAUGUUGUCGAUCAUGAAACUUUCAGUCUUCCAAAUCUUAGAAUUUCUAUUAUUUAGUAGCUUCCUCUAUUGUCAAGCUGUGGUUCGUCACACUUUUAUUGUUCAAGACACUGAAUACACAAAGCUUUGCAGCACAAAAACGAUCUUGACGGUGAAUGGGCAAUUCCCUGGACCAACUCUCUAUGUCAACAAGGGAGAGACAAUUAUUGUGGACGUUUAUAACAAGGCACACUAUAACAUCACAAUUCAUUGGCAUGGAGUGAAACAGCCAAGAUAUCUGUGGUCAGAUGGCCCCGAGUUCAUCACACAGUGCCCUAUUCGACCAGGACAAAAAUUUAGCCAAAAGGUUAUUUUUUCCACUGAAGAAGGAACUAUAUGGUGGCAUGCACACAGCGACUGGUCGCGAGCGACAGUUCAUGGAGCCAUUGUCGUCUAUCCAAAGAACAGGAAACUUCCUUUUCCCAAGCCUCAUGCUGAUGUGCCGAUUGUAUUUGGCGAGUGGUGGAAGCGAGACAUAGUGGAGGUUUACAAUGAAUUUCUUCAGUCAGGAACUGAUCCCAAUAUUUCUGAUGCUUACACCAUUAAUGGUCAGCCUGGUGAUCUAUAUCCUUGUUCAAAAUCAGACACGUUCAAGUUAAUGGUGAACUAUGGAAAAACUUACAUCCUCCGCCUAGUCAAUGCCGCAGUUGGUGACAUUCUGUUCUUCGCCAUCAAGAAUCAUCAACUCACAGUUGUGGGAACAGACGGCAGCUAUACAAAACCGUUAAAAGUUGACUAUAUCACAAUCUCACCAGGCCAAACCAUUGACGUUUUGCUCGAAGCCAACCAGCCACUCGACCAUUAUUACAUGGCCGCCAGAGUUUAUUCGAGCGCCGAUGGAGUUGAAUACGAUAACACAACCACCACGGCCAUUUUACAAUACAAUGGAAAAUACACUCCAUCAUCACCAUCUCCUUUACCAUAUCUCCCUUAUUACAAUGACACAAGUGCUUCAGUUAAUUUCACAGGGAGGCUCAAAUCCUUAGCCGAUGAAAAUCAUCCCAUUAAUGUCCCGUUAAACGUGAGCACCAAUUUAUUUUUCACAGUUUCUGUCAACACAUUGCCGUGCAUCGAGGGUAAUGCGUGCUAGGGGCCUAACAGAACGAGGCUUUCGGCUAGCGUUAACAACAUAAGCUUUGUGUCGCCUUCCAUUGACAUUUUAAAGGCUUAUUAUUUGAACAUUAGCAAUGUUUACAGUGACAAAUUCCCUAGCAAACCGCCGCAAUUUUUUGAUUUCACGGCUGAUUCUUUUCCUUCGUACUUGGAGACUCCCGAGCAAGCUACUAAAGUGAAGGUUCUUGAGUACAAUACGACGGUGGAGCUUGUUUUUCAAGGCACAAAUUUGCUUGCAGGGACGGAUCAUCCCAUGCAUUUACAUGGGUACAGUUUCUAUGUUGUGGGUUGGGGAUUUGGGAACUAUGACAAAGAAAAAGAUCCUUUGAAAUAUAAUCUUGUUGACCCUCCUCUUCAAAACACCAUUGCUGUCCCCAAGAAUGGCUGGGCUGCCAUAAGAUUUAAGGCAAUCAACCCUGGAGUGUGGUUCAUGCACUGCCAUCUAGAGCGUCAUUUUUCAUGGGGAAUGGAGAUGGCAUUCAUUAUCAAAAAUGGUGAGGGCCCAAAAGGAAAAAUGUUGCCUCCACCACCCGAUAUGCCACCGUGUUGAAAUUAAACAGUAGCAAAUGCAUCGACGAUUUGAUUUUUUGGUUUCAUUAUUCUAAUUUCUUGAAUUGUUGAAAGUAAUUCUUCUUUGCCAGUCUUUAAAAUAUGUAUUUGAUUGGU